AUGGCCACAGCAAGAGUGGUUCCGCCGUCAGCAGGAGCAGCAGCAGCAGGAGGAGGAGCACCCGAUCUGGUUGCUCAGAACGAAGAGUUGUGGCGCAUUGUCGAAAAGCAGCGCAUCAUAAUCCAGAAUUUACAAAAGAGUUUGGCUUUGAUGACGGACGAGCGCGACAACCUUUUAGAACGUAACCAAGAUCUCGAGCAAGAGCUUGUAAUGACGACACAACUGGACAUUCGACGUUCAGAUCCCGCGUCACCCGAGAGCAAUAGUCAUCACAAACACCAACAGCAGCAACCUCGAGAACAGCAGCAGCAACCAGAACCAAACAAGGAGACACAGCAUUUGUUGGCCGAGACAAUCGAAGCAACUAUGUUAGGACCUGUACCUCCUCCCCGAUCACCCUAUCGUCAGCAAAAGGACGGCACACCCUCCCCAUCCAGUGCUAACUCAAGCUCAAGCAAUCUGGGCGUCAUGGCGAGCGUGCUGGAGCGAUAUGGUACACCCGAUUCAUCAGAAGCGCAGAUGGGAGCCACUAUUGUCGAGCCAAGCUUGCCGGCUACGUAUGGCUAUGAAAAUAGAUCUAGGGCGCCAAGCCCAGCCCCGCAGCAAUACCGUCAUGGGAGCAACAACAACAAAGAAUGUCAUAGCAACAUCCCUAGAUCACCGCACAGCGUGUCCUCGAACAACAACGAUCACCAUCACCUCGCAACAAUUGACAAUAACAGUAACACUGGCAGUAACAUUAAUCUCCCGGAGAGCUUCAGCGAUACGACAUUGGAUCUUUCAUUGCCGCCCGUCGUGGAUACGAUGGUUGAUAAGGAUGCUCAGAUGUUUGCAAAGUACCAGGGUGCUGUGCACGGAAAGGAUACAUCUGAUUACUGUCAGCAACAACAACAACGGCAACCGCAACGGCAGCAUGAUUAUUAUCAGCACUCUCAGCAGCAGCAGCAGAAGAAGCAACAUCACAACGAAACCUCGUUGUCACCCCCACCGAGCCGAAAACCCGCAGUUGAAUCUCAUCAUCCACUCUCGCCUGUAGAAUAUACCAAUAACCAGCAACAAAAUUACCAGUAUAAUCAUCAUCAGCAACAGCAACAGCAGCAACGCCAUCACCAUCACUACCAACAAGCCAGUCAUCCUCCUCCACAGAUCCAGGUCGACUAUCACCAGCGUAGUAGCGACAAUGACGGAUACUUGAAGCGGUCGGAUGAGGAUCACGUGCAGCAUCAACAACAGCAUACGCACCGGCAGCAAUCAGAAGGGGUGCGUCUUACAGGACCUGAACAAGAGCCCACCACAUCACAAUCCGUUGGUACACCCGCGGCACCAUCGUACGUCCCACCACAACAGGAGUACCAGCAACAAUUUCCGUCCUCUCCACAAGGAGGGUUUUCAAGCGGACCCAUGGCAGGCAUCAGUACUAAAGUUGUUGGUUCGGAUACCACGCGAAAUGAGAAGGGCAAGGAGGUCGUCACAUUCACCAUCUCGGUUCGCAAAGCAAAAGACAUUGCGGAUCCUAAUUCACCACUUGAAGAGCUUUGGCAGAUUCAGAAGCUCUAUUCUGAUUUCUUGGCACUUGAUGCUCAGCUCAAAUCGCAAGGAAAAUCUGUGGCGAGUAAAAUUGCAAAGUUACCCGACAGGGCACUAUUUGUAACGCAUUCUCAGAGCAAGGUCGAUCAGCGAAAGUUGGCCAUUGAUAGUUAUCUUCAGCAUGCAAUCAGACUGCCUUUGGCCGACAUCACUGAUAUCUGCGAAUUCUUGAGCUCCAAUGUGAUGGAAAAGCAAGCACAGCAACCAAAAGUCUCCAAAUACCGACAAGGUUACCUGGCCAAGCGUGGCAAGAAUUUUGGUGGUUGGAAGAGAAGAUACUUUCUGCUUGACGGCCCUGAACUCAAAUACUUUGAGAGUGAGGAGGGGCAAUUCCUUGGCAAAAUCAGUUUGACCGAGGCACAGAUUGGCAAGCAAAAAGCUGCAGAGAACAGCAAGGAAGCACCCACCUUUAAGCAUGGCUUUCUGAUUCUUGAGCCCAAAAAAUCGGCUCCUGGAGGUGUAGCACGCCAUGUUUUAUGCGCAGAAUCGGAUGAAGACCGUGAUGCUUGGGUCGACGCCAUGGGUCAACAUAUUGACCAAGAUGCUGUUGCCAACCGCCAAGAGCAAAGCAGCAAAAAGAAGAAAUCAGGCAAGUCUGGCUCGGACGGCCGCAGAUCCAGUCUUGAUCACACAACGACUUCAGCAGAGUCAGUCCCUGCUGCACAGCUGCGACGCAACUCGGUUAGCCAUUUGGAGAGACUUUUGGCUGGCACUGAAGCACUUCAAAACCAACAGCAGCAGCAUGACGAUGACUCGGGCAAGAAGGAUAAAGGACGCAAAGCAUUUUGGGCUAAAAAAAUGUUUGCUGGCUCUGGCAAUGGGCAGCACGCAAACGGUGGUCAGCAUGGCAAAGGCAAGGUUCCUAAUGGCGACUGGCGUAAUAAGGAUGCCGAUCCUCCAGGACCCAAACAAGUGUUUGGCAUUCCACUUGAAGAUGCCAUUAAGGUUGCAAAGGUUUCUGAUCAAUACGAGCUCCCAGCCAUUGUCUACCGCUGUAUCGACUACCUGGAAGCCAAGAAUGCUAUCCAGGAAGAAGGCAUCUACCGUCUCAGUGGAAGUGCGGUCAAAAUUCGGAAUCUCAAGAGUAAAUUCAACGAAGAGGGCGAUGUUGAUCUAUUGGCAGUUGGGGAACAUCACGACAUCCAUGCUGUGUCAGGCCUGCUAAAACUUUGGCUACGUGAACUUCCAGGCAACGUCCUGACCACUGAGCUACUCAAGGAGUUCUUGAACGUCAUGGAUCUCGUUGAUCGUCGCGAACGCAUCAACGAGCUCGGCAGACUUGUUUCCAUGCUCCCUCUCCAAAACUACACUCUCCUUCGCACAUUGUCUGCCCACUUGAUCCGAGUCGUGCAAAACGCAGGCACAAACAAGAUGACAAUACGUAAUGUCGGCAUUGUGUUUUCUGCAACCCUUGGUAUCCCUACCGGUAUCUUCAGUCUAUUGCUGACCGAAUUCGACUAUAUCUUUUGGACAAGCGAUGGCAGUGGUUCAGGUCCUCCACCCAUCAGCACCGACGAUCCUGCAUUCAUGUUUCCUCCUCCUCCCACUUCGAUACCUCCUCCUCCUCCAGUACAGAACAUGAACCAUCAUCAACCUCAUCCACAUCAUCAUCAACAACAACAACAGCAGCAGCAUAAUGCAUCAUCCGGUCGAGUGCAGGCACUCCAAGAAGAACCUGGUCGGAGCAAUCGCAACAGUGUUAGCUACAUGUACGGUGCUCCACGUUCAAUCGUCGGACUCGAAAAGAAGAGCGGCAGCCGCGGAACUAUCAUUGUAGCAGAAGAUGAUGAAGUCGAUGACUUGGCUAUUGACUUUAGUGAUGAGGAAAAUAUCACUGCAUACAGAACCGCUGAACGACAACCCUAUGUCCAACCCCACCAAUUCCAUAAUAAUCAAUCUUCCUCUAAUUCCUCACAUCCUACUGUAGACCACCACCAUUAUUACGCUUCCCACUACUAUUGAUCUGUUUUUGUUUGAAUAUAUAUAUUUAAUAUCUCCGUUCUGACUUUGCCAUCAAUUUCUCUUCCUUAAAUA